AUGAGUAGAAAUGAAUUAUGGUGUGCAACCACAAGUAAUAACGAUGAUGAUGGAAAAUGUGGAUAUUGUAAAUUCGCCCAAGGUAAGCAGUAGAUGCAAUAUACAUAAACAUAUGCAGAAAGUUAACAAUCUAUCAAAAGGUUGUUAUGGCACUAAUUUUAACAUUCAGUUAAAAGAUUAAAUUAGUUGCAAGAGUUUGGCAAUCGUAAAUACAAACGUGUCAUAUCAGAUGCUCUUUUUCGAGUAAGUACAAAGGCCCUUUAAUUAAUUAAACAUCUCUUUCAACUUUUUUUUGCGUAAUAUCUUUUACACGAUAUACCUCAUUUAAAGCGCAUAAAUAUUUUAUAUGGAAAGCGCUACUCCUGCCCUCCCCCCCAUCCCAGCUGUUUAGAUUGGUUUUACAUACAUUUCCACUAUUAGAACAAUCGUUCUUUCCCAGAAAACCAUAUCGGGGGAUUGUUGUGUUUUCCCAUUCUAUUACGAUCAGGAAUGGUAUCAUUCAUGUACAACGGUAUACGAAAAUAGAUUAUGGUGCGCUACUACAGUCAACUACGAUAAAGAUAAUGAAUGGGGUUUCUGUGAAAUGGACUCGGAGUAAGCUACCUAUACAAAACAGCACAUUAUGAUGUUCCGUUCAGUUGUAGGUUCUACAAAAAUGGUCUGUAUAGUAAUAACGUAUUCCUGCUGUAGUUGAAAUAGUUCCUUUAAUUAGCAUAAUAUAGUGAUUGAUAUGCCACGUAGAUAUGAACGUCUACAUAUACGGUAGUAUAUUAAAAGAAAUGACAUGGUUAACUGCAAGAAGCAGCAUCAAGAUCGAUCAAGCGCACAGAGUUGGUAGGAAACGCGAUGGCCGCAGAAAACCGAGAGCCAUCGUUGCAAAAUUUAAUUUUUUCCCCGAUCGGGAGAAAAUUCGGUUCAAUGCGAAAAAAUUAAGGGGAACAAAGAUCGGUAUCUCCGAACAGUUUCCCGAAGAGAUUGAAAAAGUGCGUCAAACCCUCUACCCUGAGAUGAGGAGAGCAAAGGCGGCAAAGCAGAGAGUGCGUUUGGUUCGUGAUAAACUUUAUAUUAACAAUGUGGAGUUUAUUCCCCAUAAUAAUUAA